AUCAUUGGCAGAGAUGGGGAUGGAGAAGCGGUCCCCGCCCCCGUGGGGACUCGUUGCCAUCCUUAUCCUUGUCGGAAUUUUGGCCUUUAAAGCAAGUGUGGUUAAAGAGGUGAAAGCUAAGCCUGGCCUAGAAAGUCAAUUGGCUAUAAGCCUUAAGAAAGGUGCACUCUCAGCCUUAGGUACUUUGCCCUUGCUGUUGUUCACAUUCCCUGUCAUGGGAUAUAUGGCACUGAUUGUAAAGGCCAAGAAUUCAAUUUUCCCCAGAUUGUUCCCUCAUGCUUUUGUGAGAUCUUACUAAACUGAUCUCUUGUCCUUCACUCAAAAUCCUUUACUUGGGAAAUGGCAUUGUUUUUGAUUGCAUGCUUUUGUAUACGAGCGAGGGGAUGCUCUAUAAUCCUAUGAACUUGGAUAUUUACAAACAUGAAAUUGUUCUAUCAUUUGUCCCAUAAUCGAAUCAUGUGUUUCACAUAUUUCAAUAUUUGUUGUGUAGUCUAAGAAAUCUCAUAUGCCCAA